AUGUCUUCUACUUCAAGUGUAAAUAAAAGAAACCAUCAUCCCAAUCAAAAACAUAAACUGCAUAUCGAUCUGACCUAUUCACCUUCCUCCCUUGGUAUACUCAACCCAAACAUCAGAGCCAGAUCACCUUCUUUCUCGAGGACGAGCAAUAGAGGAGAAAGAGAAGGAGAAUCUAGCGAAUUGUUACCUACACCAGAUAGCGAUAGUUUCGCCUUGCCUUCACCUUCUAAUCCAUUCAUAUACGAAUUCCUACCUUCACCUCCUCCUAAAUCACCUAUCACCUCUGGUACCAGACGUAAACGGUGGAUUAGGAAAAUGAUCAAAAGGAAUUUUCAUCCUACCCCAUUGGGAUAUGCGAUAUUGAUGAUAUUGUUGAUAUCGCUGUUAUACACAUUUAGUGGCUCGGGGGAUCAGAAUGGUAUGAUACUACGUCGUCCUUCAACAACAACAUCAUUAUCUAAUGGGAAUGAAGAUACAUAUAUACAAGAGGAGGAAGAUGAAGAAGAAAACGAUGAAAUAUUAUAUGAAAAACCCGUUUUGGAAGAACUACCAUCAAUAUACUCUGAAUACAUCCCUUCUCUGAUACUUCCAAACAUAUUCGAUAAUCCAACAUAUCAUCUUCUAUCUUCCAAACUUGACCAAUUCCUACAUCGACCGAUACAGUCACAUGACGAAGCAAAAGAAGAUAAUUACGAGGGAUGUCCAAGGGAAUUGAGUGAUAAGUUGGUCAAUCCGGAUCAAUAUAAUGGAGAUGCGCAGUUCUGGAUAGAGACUGUGACUGCGCAGGAGAUAGCUAGUAGACGUGCGGGGUUGAUUAGAUGGUUGGAAGAUAAGUUGAAUAAGGGCGAGGAGAUUAUUGGUAGGAAGGAUGGGAGGACUGGGGAAGGAAGGGGGAUAGUAUUGACGGGUGGUAAUCAGGAUACUACUCUGCGAACUAUCACUGCCAUCAAACACCUUCGUCGACUCGGUGUCGACCUGCCCAUCGAAGUGUUCCAUUAUUCCGAUGAGCUCACUGAUAGAGGCCAGCGGGACGAGAUUGAAGCGCUCGGAGCGUCGUUGAGGGAGGCCAAGGGCUUAGAGAAGGUCUCGGGUGUAUGGAAGAAUUGGCAGAUCAAAGGACUCGCUCUCGUCCAAUCGUCCUUCCGAGAGAUCCUCUACCUAGACUCCGACAACGUCCCUUUACGUUCCCCCGUUCACCUAUUCGAUUCACCCAUCUACAAAUCCAACGGUCGAGCUGUAUUCUGGCCAGAUCUCUCAAAGGAUCAUCCUGAUAAUGCCAUCUGGCGUCUGGUCGGUGAUACCUGUUCCUUGGAUCUUUGGACAUUUGAAUCAGGUCAAAUAGUCAUUGAUAAAGCUGGGAACUCGGGUUUGAACCUUGUUGCAUUGAUCAUAGCUAGUGAGAUGAUGAAUGAAAGGGAGUUCUGGUUCCACAUGUGCGGAGGUGAUAAAGAUACGUUCAGAUGGGCUUUCAGGAUACUGGAUAUUCCAUUUGGAGUUUCACCCAGAUGGAUGAGUGCGUUGGGUGUCAAGAAUGGAUAUGAAGGUGGGAGAUUCUGCGGACAUUCCGUCCUUCAACAUGAUUUAGAUACUCCAGAAGGAUUCACCAGGCCACCUCCGUUGUUUGUGCAUUCUAAUCUCCUCAAACACCUCGGAUCAAGUGGGCUAGGUAAAGGUAAUCUCUUCACACAUAUCCGCCGAAUGUCAAAUGAUUACGCGUCGAACCCAUCGUUGAAUUACGCCCAUUCGUGGGUUUACAUGGGUCAAGCCCGAGGGAUGUGUCUGGAUUUAGAUUGGCACGACCAUACCCCUCAGGAAAUAAGGGAUGUCGAAUGGCCCGAAACUAUCAGCGUGGUGGAGGAGGAAGGAGGCGUGUUUGAUGGGUUUGAGGAUAUCUGGUUUGAAGAGGGGGGAAGGAUUGGGGGGUGGUAA